CCGUGGAGCGCUGGCGAGGAGGGGGCGGCUCCGUCCCGCAGACCGCUCCGCCGCCGAGGCACCGCCGCCGCAGUUCACCGGCCGGCCCGAGGAGGAGGAGAAGGAGGAGGAAGAUGCCGGGUGGACGCUGAAAGAAAACUAACUUUUUGGAUGCCCUGUGGGGAGAUGCAUCUUUGACAUGGAUUCUGUUUGGUCGUCUUUUACAACCUGAGACAACAGUGUGUGCGCUACAUAUGAUAAAAGAAUUAACUGUGAGAAGAGACAAGCUGAAUGGCUACAUCACAAUAAGAAGCUGGUUUAAAAAUGUUUGUAUUUCAUGCCAGUAAUCCAAGGCUGGGAAAGCCUAGUAGCCCAACAUUUAAAAAAAUUACUUUUUUUUAAAACCCAGUUCAAAAACCCCAAUCAAUGUACAUUUUACCCUGUGUUCCCUGAUUAUUUAGCACUGAAUCUUUUAUUACACUGAAAUCAUGGUGUGAGGAGUGGUAGACAACACCCCUCCCCAUCCCCAACACACAUCCAGCAACUAAAGACUGUGUCAAGAUGACCUCUGAGGAAAUGACAGCGUCUGUUCUCGUCUCUAUGGUACAGGGUAAAGUGAUACCUGCUCAGUCAGCUGGAGAUGAAAAUACUGAAAAUGCUUUGGACACCAGUGUUAUAAAAAGACAUGCUGCCAGUCCGGGAAGGCAAACCGCACACGCUCUCUCAUACUUACACAGACUUGAAGAAGAAAGUCUUCAGGGCUCCGUGCCCAAAAUAUUCUCUCUGGCAAAAGAACAACUGACUAAUGACAAUAGUAAUGAAAACUUCUGGGAGAGGAACAGCUCUAUCCCUGAUUCAGUGGAAUUUCUUAACAUUAACUGUAACAUUGUACAGAAAAACUACAAGAGCAAUAUCCCGUGCAGCCAGUUGUAUAAAUCUUGUGAUCCUUUAGCAGGGAGAGAGGCAUGCCUGGAAACUGGAAUUCCUGUCUCACUGGAAAGAGCCAUGCUUGCUGAAAUUCAGUUGAAAAUGAAUGGACCUUCGUUAAGAAGCCAGACAGCAGUAAAUAAGAAUGACAGCAAUGAUACUGAUAAAGUGGCCUUUUUUCACUUUCAUUGUGCUAGUGAAAGGAAUAUAUCAAAGGCUUUGUGCAGUUUACACAGCGGCUUCAUUUUGGAUGACUGCUUGCAGCCAGUAAGCGUUGGCGACGAUAACACCGCUGGUUCCCCGGCCUGCACUUGCAGAUUGAUGGAGCUGACAAAUAACUGUGAGAACGAAAACGGGCAGCAGUUGUAUGAAGACGCUUUAAGGGAUAAAUAUUUAUGUCUGGAAAGAGCACCACGAAAGGUUAAAGUGGCGUGCUCAGGUCACAGCUUCUGUGGAAAUAACUUUACUGGAAGAAUGCCCUCAAAGCCCUUUCUGAGCCAUUUUGAAGACUGUAAUGAUAACUGUGAAGAAGAGUUGGAAGAGGAUUUUUUUAAAAACAAAAAGGAACGUUCUACUUUAUUAAUAAGACGUUUCUGUAAAAAUGAUAAAGAGGUUAAAAAAUCAGUUUAUACUGGAACGAGAGCGAUUGUUAGGACUUUACCUUCAGGGCACAUAGGAACUGUUGCUUGGAAUUAUGUUGAGCAAAGGAGAAACAGCAGUGGCUUGAAGCUUUCUAGGAUUACAACAGAACACCUAAAUAUAAUUCAGUCAUUAAUAAAAUGCGAAUUUAAUUCCUUUCUUGAGAAGUCUUUAUGGUAUGAGAUCUUCGAUACAGUGAGAGAAGAAGAAGGAACAGAAGAUAUUUUUGAAUAUUUUCCUCAUCUUCUGAGAAGGCUCCCAACGUUUGAUACAGACUGUAUAUGCAAAGGUGAUGGUUUUUGUGUAAAACCAUGUGUAACAGGUGCUUGCUGUCAAUAUCGUGCUACUUUACAGAGGACUGCCCUCUCUAACUAUAUAACUGGUGCUUUACUAGAAGCAACUACAUCAUUAGGAGCAAGAAGUGGUCUUUUAAGUAUCUUCGGAGGAUCAACUGGAAGAACAAUGCUUAAAGAACGUCAAGCGUGUACAUCUAUGGCCGGCUCCAGCGUCCUUCCCUCCAAUGUGGCUGGUAUCAGCAAAGAGCUGAUCGAACUGCAGCACCUCAUCCAGUUCCCGGAGGAGGUUGCCAGCAUUCUGACCGAGCAGGAGCAGGAGCUUUACCGGAAAGUCUUACCCAUUGACUACCUCUGCUUUUUAACCAGGGAUUUGGGUAAUGCUGAAUGUCAAAGCAAGCUGCCAUCUAUUAAAGCUUCCAUAUCUGCUACUAUUCUUUCUUCCCCCAAUGGUGAACAUAAUGCUAUAGAAGAUCUUGUGACACGGUUUAAUGAGGUGAGCUCCUGGGUUACCUGGCUGAUCCUGACUGCAGGUUCUAUGGAGGAGAAACGAGAAGUCUUCUCAUAUUUAGUACAUGUGGCAAAAUGCUGCUGGAAUAUGGGCAACUACAAUGCUGUAAUGGAAUUUCUGGCAGGGAUAAGGUCAAGAAAAGUUUUAAAAAUGUGGCAAUUUAUGGACCAAUCUGAUAUUGAAACCAUGCGAAGUCUGAAAGAUGCUAUGGCACAACAUGAGUCAUCAUCUGAAUACAGGAAAGUGGUCAACCGGGCACUCAAUAUUCCAGGCUGUAAAGUCGUUCCUUUCUGUGGUGUAUUUUUAAAAGAGCUUUGUGAAGUUUUGGAUGGAGCAUCAAGCCUCAUCAGACUCUGUCCACGAUAUAACUCCCAGGAUGAAACAUUAGAGUUUGUUUCAGAUUACAGUGGACAAGAUAAUUUCUUGCAACGAGUAGGCCAAGAUGGUUUAAAUAAUCCAGAAAAAGAAUCAACAGCAAACAAUAUCUUUCAAACUAUUCGGAGCUGCAAUCGCAGUUUGGAAUCUGAAGAGAGUGAAGAUAAUUUUAGUGAAGGGAGCAAUUCAAGAAAAAACUCUUUGAAGGACAAAACCCGGUACCAAUUUAUAAUCGGAGAUCUUUCAGAUUCUGAAAGUGAUAUAUUUGAGCAGUUGAAGGAGUGGGACGCAAAUUCAACAGAAGAGCAACAAAAGGCUUUCUGCCAUGGGAUAGAACUCAUUCCCUGGUAUGUGUUAUCUAUCAGGGCUGACGUCCAUCAGUUCCUGCAACAAGGGGCAACCGUCAUUCAUUAUGACCAGGAGACACAUCUCUCAGCACGUUGCUUUCUUCAACUUCAGCCUGACAAUAGUACUUUGACUUGGACAAAACCCACAACGGUUUGCCCUGCAAAUGCCAAGGCAAAACUGAGUGUGCUCGGUAACGCGGCUGAGCUUGGUAAAUACCAGUUUCUUGGUAAUACUGGACUGGUGGAAGGUUUUUUGGACUUGUUUUCAGCCAAGGCUGUAUAUAUGGGACACUCUGGCAUUGAUAUGCACACUGUGUGUGUUCAGAACAAACUUUGUAAUAUGUCCCUUGAAGAAAAUGGUAUAACACUUCUUUAUGGACUUCAGACUACUGAUAAUAAGUUGCUGCACUUUGUUGCUCCAAAAUAUACUGCCAGAAUGCUGUAUGAUGGAUUGCUGGAAUUGACUAAAGCUGUAAGAAAAAUGAGGAGAUUCCCUGAUCAAAGACUACAGUGGCUACGGAAACAGUAUGUCAGCCUUUACCAGGAGGAUGGAAGGUUUGAAGGCCCAACCUUGGCUCAGGCUGUUGAGCUGUUCGGAGGCAGACGAUGGAGUGCAAGAAACACCAGCACGGGAACUCUCACCAAAAGCAUCGAGAAACCUAGUGUACAGAGAAACAACACUCUGGGAAUAAGUGCAGCUAAGAAAAAGAAGAAAGUACUCAUGAGGGGUGAAAGUGGAGAGGCCACUGAUGAUGAAAUGGCAACUCGGAAGGCAAAAAGCUGUAAGGAAUAUCGUAAUAGAAGUGGCUCAGAUCCUCAAGAUAUUGAUGAACAAGAAGAACCAGAUCAAAAUAUUAUUAGUAAUGCUUCUCCAUCUAACAACCUGCCAUCAAGAAGAGCUCACUCUCUGACAGCAUCUGGAUCUCCUAAUUUAGGAGCUACAACAUCUUCACCAGCAAGACCAGUCUCCUCUCCUGUAAUGUCUUCAAGCAAGAGUCAGUCUAGCACAUGGAGCAGCAGUAGCUGGCAUGGCCGUGUUAAAGGAGGAAUGAAGGGGUUUCAGAACUUCAUGGUGUCUGAUAGUAACAUGACUUUUGUGGAAUUCGUAGAGCUCUUCAAAUCUUUCAGUGUCCGUAGCCGCAAGGAUCUGAAAGACCUUUUUGAUGUCUAUGCUGUGCCUUGCAAUCGAUCUGGUUUAGAGCCUGCUCCACUUUACACUAAUUUGAAGAUUGAUGAAAAUAGCAGUGGAUUCCAGCCUGAUUUAGAUUUGUUGACUAGGAAUGUUUCAGACCUCGGUUUGUUCAUUAAGAGCAGGCAGCAGCUAUCAGACAACCAGAGGCAAAUUUCUGAUGCUAUUGCUGCUGCCAGUAUCGUAACCAAUGGUACUGGAGUUGAAAGCACAUCGCUGGGAAUAUUUGGAGUGGGAAUCCAGCAGCUAAAUGACUUCCUAGUGAAUUGCCAAGGAGAACACUGCACCUAUGAUGAAAUCCUCAGUAUUAUCCAGAAAUUUGAACCCAGUGUGAAUAUGUGUCAGCAGGGGCUGCUAUCUUUUGAAGGAUUCGCAAGAUUUUUGAUGGAUAAAGACAACUUUGCCUCCAAAAACGAUGAGUCACAAGAGAAUGUUGAGGACUUGCACUUUCCACUGUCAUAUUACUACAUAGAAUCUUCACACAAUACUUACCUUACUGGCCAUCAGCUUAAAGGGGAGUCCUCAGUAGAGCUCUACAGCCAGGUUCUUUUACAAGGCUGCAGAAGUGUAGAAUUAGACUGCUGGGAUGGCGAUGAUGGGAUGCCUAUCAUUUAUCAUGGGCACACUCUUACUACUAAGAUCUCUUUUAAGGAGGUAGUCGAAGCUAUUGAUCGCAAUGCAUUUAUCACCUCCGACAUGCCAGUUAUCAUAUCAAUAGAAAACCACUGUUCAUUGCCUCAGCAACGCAAGAUGGCUGAAAUUUUCAAGAAUGUAUUUGGAGAUAAGCUGGUAACAAAGUUUUUAUUUGAGAGUGACUUUUCUGAUGAUCCCAUGCUUCCUUCACCUGGCCAACUGAAAAGAAAAAUCCUGCUUAAAAACAAGAAGCUAAAAGCCCAUCAAACACCAGUGGAUAUAUUGAAACAAAAGGCUCACCAGCUAGCGCAUAUGCAAGCACAGGCUAGCAAUGGUGCUAGCAACCCCACACCUACCAAUGAAGAGGAAGAAGAUGAAGAGGAUGAAUAUGACUAUGACUAUGAAUCUCUCUCUGAUGAUAACAUUCUUGAAGACCGACCUGAGAAUAAAUUAUCAAGUGAUAAACUGCAGUUUGAAUAUAAUGAAGACACUGCCAAACGAAUAAAGAAGGCUGAUUGUGCUACUUACAAUAAUAAAGGAAAGGUUUACGACAUGGAGCUGGGUGAAGAAUUCUACCUUCCGCAAAAUAAGAAGGAAAGCAGGCAGAUAGCCCCAGAGCUAUCAGAUCUUGUCAUUUACUGUCAAGCCGUGAAGUUCCCUGGCUUGUCAACUCUAAACCCAUCUGGCUCUAGCAGAGGAAAAGAAAGAAAAAGCAGGAAGUCCAUUUUUGGCAACAAUCCUGGCAGGCUGAGCCCUGGGGAGUCAGCUACUCUUGCCAAAGCAUCUGGAAAAGGUCCUUUUGAUGUGAUGCGGCAGACCUGGGAAGAUCCUUGCACUCCUUAUAACUCUCCAGCUUCUCUCAGUGCUAUCAUAAGGACGCCCAAGUGCUACCAUAUCUCCUCCCUGAACGAGAACGCAGCCAAGCGGCUGUGCCGGCGGUACUCGCAGAAGCUGAUCCAGCACACCACCUGUCAGCUCCUGAGGACCUACCCUGCUGCCACACGCAUCGACUCCUCAAAUCCCCAUCCGCUGAUCUUCUGGCUCCAUGGCGUACAGCUUGUGGCGCUUAACUACCAAACAGAUGAUCUUCCUCUGCAACUUAAUGCAGCGAUGUUUGAGGCCAAUGGUGGCUGUGGAUAUGUUUUGAAACCUCCUGUUCUGUGGGAUAAAAAUUGUUCAAUGUACCAGCAGUUUUGUCCGUUAGAAAGAGAUCUUGAUAAUAAGGAGCCAGCUAUAUAUUCUUUAACAAUUGUGUCUGGACAGAAUGUCUGCCCUAGCAAUAGCAUGGGCAGUCCGUGCAUUGAAAUCGACGUGCUGGGGAUGCCUCUGGAUAGCUGCCAUUUCCGGACGAAGCCCAUUCAUCGCAACACACUCAACCCCAUGUGGAAUGAACAGUUUCUUUUCCGGGUUCACUUCGAAGAUUUGGUCUUUCUUCGGUUUGCAGUUGUUGAAAAUAACAGCUCAGCUGUAACAGCUCAGAGAAUCAUUCCCCUAAAAGCUCUAAAAAGAGGCUAUAGACAUGUCCAGCUCCGUAACCUGCACAAUGAAGCAUUAGAAAUUUCUAGUUUAUUCAUAAACAGUCGGAGAAUGGAAGAAAGUCCCUCUGGAAACACUCUGCCUGCAUCUAUGUUGUUUGGCACAGGGGAAAGGAAGGCUGCUGUAACUUCCAAAGUGACAAUUCAUGGAAUUCCAGGCCCGGAGCCUUUCACUGUUUUUAAUGUAAGUGGGGGGACCACAGCUGCACAGCUUCUCCAUCAGCUCUUGGCUACCACAAAAGGCACCGAGUCAUGUGCUGCAGACUAUUUUCUGAUGGAAGAGAAAAGUUUUAUAUCUAAAGAAAAGAGCGAAUGCAGAAAACCACCAUUCCAGAGAGUAAUUGGUCCUGAUGAAGGGCUAGUGCAGCUUUUGAACAGUUGGUUCCCAGAAGAAGGAUAUGUUGGAAGGAUUAUCUUUAAAACCCGAGAGGAAAAUUUAAACGAGAGAAACUCCUUUCAAGAAGCAAAGGAAGAUGCAGCCAUCAGCUCUGAGGAUGACAGUUUCUUUGUUCAGGUACACGAUGUCUCCCCAGAGCAACCACGCACUGUCAUCAAAGCUCCCCGCUUCAGCACAGCUCAGGAUGUCAUACAGCAGGCAGCACGAGAUGACAAAAGAAAAGGCAUUUCCUUUACCAGUGAACUGAAGAAGUUAACCAAGUCAAGCAAGCAGUACCGGGGAUUCAUAUCUCCACCUCUGCAGGUCUUGCCGGACAGUCCACAGAGCAAGGAUGAAAGGUCUGCCUGCGGUCUGACUUUUGGUGACGUUAUGGAGUAAAACCCACCACUGCCUGCAGUAUGGUCUGGUCAGGUAUGAAAUACCGAUUCUAUCUCUGAGCAAUCAUUUAAUACAUGAUAUACAGAGUAUGUUUUUCAAAGCUGUAGUUGGUUAAAGCACAGCGAGGUACAAGAGACUGACAAAGACCCAUGAAAGCCUCACCCAUUGGUGUGCACAGGCACAGUAACACCAGCAAGGGCUCCAGUUAUUUAUUAUGGCAUUUGCUACUGAGAAUCAGAAUGGUGUGAAGACUGGCAUUUCACCUGCUUUCUCUGCCCAUUUGAAAAACAAAACCAAAAUGUCACAUCCUGGUUGAUUUUACAGUGCGCAUUUUAAUCAACUGACUGUGCUUAAUUAACAAUGUCCUGUUACUCUUUUGCUCUGGGCCAAAAUAAAUAGAAGUAUCCCAUAGAGCUUUUGUUAUUUUUUUAAUAAAUGCAUGUAAUAAAGUUAUCAGGAUGGACUAUCUCCUUUUUAGCUAAAACAAGUUUAUAGUGUUAAUUUCUCUCUCUGUGGAUUUUUUUUCCAGAAAUGUUUAAACAUUUUUACUGUCCUUUCUGAAUUUCUUCCAUCUUGCUUCAGUCGAAACAACAAAUGAAAUACACAACAUAAGACUGUCUUGUUUAUAUGAAGACAGUGCAUGUAGCUUGUCCACCAACAGGUGUUUGUUUGCAUAGUGCUACUACAGCUCAUGGUAAACGAAGAAAAAAAUCUUUUUCAGUGUUGAUAAUCCCAUCUCAUGUAUGGCCAAUUUACAAUUACAUUUUUCUUUCCUCAUGCACCUAAUUAUUAAAGCGUUCUUUGACGUGCACUGCCAUACUACUGCUCAAUCAUUAAAUUAACAGAAUUCAAAUAAUAUUUCAAAUAUGAAGGGACAAAUGUGAUACGUUCUUUCUAGGCUACCAUAAAAUCCCUAAAUCAUCAAAACAAUCUGAAUUCAAGAAAAGCGAAGUAAAUCAUGCAAAGAUCCCAGUCACAUUCCCUCUUCUUCUGCAUUUGUUCUUUCAUUUUUUGAAAACUGGAAUUUACAUCACCAAAUCCUUCUGCAGUGCCUUUGAAGGAACCUGCUGCGGUCUGACCUGGUCAGCCCUCGUGUGCCCUGGGCUAUGGAUGCUUAAUCCAGGCAAUGCUGCUGGGUUAACAUCCAGAAUCUGGGAAUCCUAAGUGGGAUGGCGUAGAUUGGAAAGAUGCCUGUCAGCUCUUGGAAGAUUCUCCUCUUCCCAUAUCUUCACAUCUGCAGAUUCUCGAUGGGCAGAUGAAGUUUUCUUGGACUGUAUGUUGUAAACAAACAUGCGUCGUCGCCCUCUCCUUUUUAAACAAAGGAUAAUUUUAGCUAGAUGCUUCUAGGGAAACUGAAGGCAGAGACUCAGAGUGUUCUUUUAUGUGUAUUAUAUUAAAAUAAUGCACUUUUACCUGAAGAUUUCUUGUUAAACACUGUGUUAAGUGACUGUAAAGAGAUUUAAAUAUACUGUAACUUCCUUUGCCUAUCUGUUUAACUUUGGUGAAUAUACACAAAACACUCAAAUUAUUUAUGGUUUACCUACUUUAACAAAAUAAUGUACAAUAGCUAAAUACACCUAACUGGUAGUGAUACUUUGACAAGAAACAACGUUUUCUUCUUAUAAAUUCUAGUUUUCAAGGCUUGUGUUUAAAGAAAGAAUAUUUAUUAACAUGUUCCAAAGUACAUGCUAUUGUAUAAUAUAUUUAUCAUAUACUACUUUUUAGAAAAUGCAGAAUUUUUACCUCUCUCUGGAUUUAGAGGAAAAAAUGUUUGGACUUUUCUGGUGGUUUCUUUUCAGCACAAGACAUUUAAUGCCCAAGCCUGACCAAACUCGUAACAAUGCAUUGAAAAAUAUAAUUAACAUUUCAAAAUUUUGAAUUCAAAGUACAUUUUUCCAUACAGUCAGGAAAUGUCUUUUUACUUGUCUGUUAAACCCAGAGAGUAUAAAGAACUCUUACACUAUAACUCUUGACGUUUUUGUUUACAUAGAAACACUGUUGUAAAGUUUUAUGUUUGCUGAAUUCAUCUUUUGAUAUUUAAGUUAGUUGUGGUUGUGUCUUUUUUUUUUUUUUCCAUGGGAGUUCACGUGCUUAGCUAGUUAAAACAAUCCAUACCUACUUACAGGGGCACAACUGAAUGAUACAAUUGCUGAAAUCAAUCAUCCCUUUCAUUUCACACAAGAAGUGCAUCUGUGGUGAAUAAAUUGCUCUGCACACAUUUUGUCUCCCUAGACCAAUCCCUAAACAAAGCAUUGCAGUUACCUGGUGUGACUAAAUCAAGAAAUCCACGAAUACAAGGGGCGACUCAUGCACUCUGUUCUUCCACAUCAACUUCAGCACUUGAGCACAAAACGUUGCUGCUCCUGAGAGAGAAGCUGCAUCAGGCAGAGGAUAAAACAGCAGUGUAACUAAAAGGAAGUUGACUUUUGCUAGAAUGAAAGGAAGGAAGUUACAGGCAAUAGUCCUAUGACAACACCUGACCCUCCCUACCCCCCUCCCAGUAAUUAGAAAAUGAAGUGAAAGACAGCAAAGUCAUUAAUUGCCAUAUAAACAAGCAGACAGAACCUGCAUUCUGUCACCAGAAGCUAUGAAGUCUUUCACUAGACACUACAGAAAAUUCCUAUAAAGUAACCAUUAACAAAGCAAAAAAGUGCCCUCUUGAGGUCAUUUCCAGCUUCCAGGGAAAAUCACCACAGAAACACAAAAAAAGUCAAAUUUCCCUGUGGCAUAUCUUCCCAGAGACCAUGAACUUCCCACUGCUUAUCUUCCGUGCCGAUGUAGCAAAACAGCAUUUUGCAAUACAGCACUCACGAUCUGAUUAAAAACCCCAACCACGUCCUAGCUCAGCCUCUUCACUCACGCAUUGCCGCUCCUCUCGCCCUACCCCGCCUCAUAUACGUAGUGCAAGACUGACACUGAGUAAAACGUUAGCAGUGACAACUUACCUAUCAUUUUAUAGCCAUAGUUUACUUUGGAAUUAUUGGGAAAUACUUACCUCAACUUACUGUACAAUUCAACUAAUGCAAACUUUUUUUUAAAAAAAAUGUUAAUUUCAGUCUGUUGUUUCAACACAGUAGCAAUUCCACAUCACUGAGAUUUUUUUUUUUUUCCUCCUUUUGGUGUUUUUAAUGGCAUUUUAGAACCAAUACUUACUUUCCUGUAGAGUUUCCCCUUACCUGCUUUGCUCUUUUUUUGUGUGUGUGUUAUAUUCAGCAGCACUGAAAAUAAAAUUCUUAACAUCACCUAUAGUAUCAUACUAGGCUGGAAGACACACUUGCUAAUUCAUUAGAUUCAACAUAGAAAGUUCUUACACCUCUGUUGUCAUCCACCAAUGGUUUUCUGUCACAUAGAUUUAAAAAAAAAAAACAAAAAAAACCAACCACACGAAACCACAAAACAAAACCCAAAAUACCCUUGGGACACUAGCCAUGUCAUAUUGUGUAACACAGGUCUAACACUAGCCUGAAGUCUAGUGACAAUUUAAAAACAGUAGUUUUGUACUAUUUCUGCUAAUACAGUAAGUUUCUUUGUGUGGGCAUAGUUUAUUAAUGUAUCUUCCUCAUCAAUCAAAGCCUAAAGCUGCAUUUGCUGCUGUUUAUCACAGUGAAAUACAGCAAAAUAUAUAGCUUUCUAUUAAAAACCCCCAACUGUAUAUGCAUGCAGACAUCUGGAUUUGUGUAAGACUAAUUACACUGUUCCAGUAUUUUUGUUAAUAUAUAAUUUAAUUUCAAGUUUUAGGUAUUGGUAAAUAGCAGCGUGAACUAUUGUUGGUGAAACAUGGUACAUUUUGGGGUGAAGUUGGAAAGAAAUACAGUAUCCUUCCCUUCAUGUUGGUUCGAAGUAUCCUAAUAAUGAAAAUACAACACCACUUGAAGCAUUAAACAGGUUUUUGGUUUUUUUGGUUGUUGCUUUUUUUUUUUUUUGUUAACUUUUGUGAAAGCCCAGUUAAACAGAUUUCACGUGCUGAGUUAUUUUAAUAGGAAAGUUUAUUCUGCUUAGCCACAGGUUUGAUUUCUGCAGGAAUACCUGCCCACACAUUCCUAUGACAAGACUGACAAAAUAACUUUGUCCCUUUCUGUGCUUUUGGCUGGGCAAAGACAUCAACUAGGAAAAUACAUUCAUUUUUACGUUACAAACUAUUUACAGGAAGCAGCUUCCAGGAUAAAGUUUGAAAGAAAGGAAUGUAAAUAAUCAACACUUUCCAGAAACAUGCAGUCUCUGAGAGGUAGCAGGCCUCACAAUGAACAGUUUACAGGUGGAAAUCUCACUCUCUGUUGCCUAUUGACAAAAAUACAGAGGUAUUUUGUUCUAUACUGUUUUAAAAACGGUUAAUUUUCUACCUAUUUUUCUUGCAUAGCAUGUGCUGCUUGCUGUGGUGUGACUGUAUGGAAGUUGGGCAGCCGUGGACCCUGGCCCUGCUGCAGUAGAACUCAGUUUGCAGGAGCCGGGGCACACCAGGAGGUACUUCCUACCUCCUCAAGACUUCCUGGUCUGUUUUACUGAUCCCAAGUUUAGCAGUUAGAAGAAUAAAAAAUACUUUCUCAGUUUUCAUUUUUAAAACCUAGUCACAUUAUUGUUAUUACUACAAAUAUUACUAGAUGAAGUAUCUCAAUAGCCAUCUUUAGAAAGCCAUCUGCUUCUAGAAAUCACGUGCUUUCAAGAAUUAAAGACUUUAACAUGGAAAUAUCUAAAUAUUUCAAGAACACAUUCUUUUACAGUCAUAGUUCGUCUUUCAAAAAGAACUUGCUGGUAGCUUUACAUUUCAGUGAAAGGUUGAGGCUGCAGCUUCUGAAACUGAACUGGCUGUUGUGCUCUAGCUCCCCAAGUGCUUCAGCUAGCAUUUGGGUUUUAUUCACUGGCCGUUACUAUUCCACUAUUAAAUUCAGUUUACUUUUAGGGUAGCCCACUAAAUGUAACAAUGGUGGUGUUUUUCUCCUGUCUGUGAUUAAGUAUUUUGUAACUUCAAUAGUGAUAGACAUUUGACAGAGUUAGCAAAUUAAACACAAAUAAAUAGCAGUAAAUAGAUUUUGCUCCAAUACAAGUAUAGGUUAUUUCAGUAUGACUUAGUUGUACAGUUGUCUUCCUCUGCCUCUUAGAGCAUGUCAAAGUAUUCUGACAAUGCAACAUCACUAUGUGCCAGUCUUUACAUUGUUUGGAAACUAUGUAAAAUGAACAAUUUUAAAAGUGACUUUUCCACCUGGACUAUUUUCUCUCUGCUGACUUGAAAAAUAAACUUGUAUUUGUAUAUGUUGUAAAAAAAUAAAUGGUUUAAGAUGUUCA